AUGGUCGAGUGUUUCAUGUGCAGCGUAGCAUGGGUCAUUAAAUGGUACCUCUACGCGUGUGCGGCCUGUUUCGGUAUCUUCGUGUUGCUGACCAUCUUCUCCAAGCUUGGCCAGCGGGGAAACAAAUUCAAGUACUACAGCAAGUAUGGCAUGAUCUACUUUGCCACCCAAUCCUUCACGACACUCUUCGCGCCGUUUUCCCUACUGCGGCCACGUAACAUCGACAAUAGCCGAAUCAUCACCAUGGUGAUUGCACGCUGUUCGAAGAUUCUCGGCAUCACGUGGGAGCUGCGCAAUGCACAGGUUCUUCGCCAGGCGAAAGGCGCCAUCGUUCUCGCGAACCAUCAAUCGUCGAUGGAUAUAUUAGGUAUGAUGAUCCUCUGGGACCUUCUCCGAAAUGUGGUACCCAUUGCCAAGCUGGAGCUGCUCUUCCUCUUCCCCUUCGGACCAUCCGCUUGGCUUGCCGGCGUUCAGUUCAUCAAUCGCAAGAACCGUCCCUCAGCCAUGAAGACGUUUGAUCGCUGCAAGCGUAUGAUGACGGAGGAUGGAGCCAAGAUGUACAUCUACCCCGAGGGCACCCGGUAUCCCGAGCGGGGCAUGCUCCCAUUCAAGAAGGGUGCCUUCCAUACGGCCAUCGAGGCGCAGGUACCGAUCAUCCCGGUCGUUUUCACGCACAUGUACUUUAUCCAGUCGAAGAAGCACAUCUUCGACGACGGGCACGUGAUUGUCGAUGCGCUCGAGCCGAUACCGACCAAGGGGCUGACGAAGAACGACCUGGACCAGUUGAUCGAACGGACAAGGAAUGCUAUGCUGGCGCGCUACGAAGAGCUCAACCGGGAGGUCGACGCAGGGCUGAAGGAUCCCCGGUGGGUUGCGGUCGAUCGACCGAGGGUUAAGGUGUACGAAGGUAAGAAGACGAACUGA